AUGGGUUUAUCGAAAGGUAGAUUGAAAGCAUGGUUCAAUAAGAAAAUCACCGAUCCUCUUCUCCAGAUCUUGCGUAGAGGUACUGAGCCAAAGCAGCUUGCUUUCUCUGCCGCACUUGGUAUUACCCUGGGAAUAUUUCCCAUCUGCGGUGUUCCUGUGUUUCUAUGUGGAAUAGCUAUUGCGUUUCUUGGAUCUGUUUGUCAUGCUCCAACCGUGAUGUUGGCUAAUAUCAUUGCCACUCCAGUAGAACUAGCUCUCGUGGUGCCUUUCCUACGACUUGGUGAAAAAGUCACUGGUGGACCUCAUUUUCCUUUAACAUCAGAUGCACUAAAGAAGGUUUUCACCGGUCAAGCCUCUCAGGAAGUCUUUUUAAGCAUUGGUAAUGCGUUACUAGGGUGGCUUGUAGCAACUCCAUUUUUCUUCGUUGCACUAUACGUUCUGUUGCUGCCAUGUUUCAAAAUUUUGGUCCGCAACUUCGGUACUGCUUCAACCCCAAAGACGGAUGCGGAGACAGAGCUGAACCCAAAGCCAAGAGUCGCUUAA